AUGGACCUUCCUGAGCUCCAGGUCCCCCUUUUCUUUGUCUUCCUGGUGAUCUAUGGGCUGACUGUGGUAGGGAACCUGGGCACCAUCAUCCUCAUCAGUGUUGACUCCAGACUUCCAACCCCCAUGGACUUUUUCCUUCUACACUUGGCUAUCACUAAUCUUGGCAAUUCUACCACCAUUGCCCCUAAAAUGUUGCUCAACUUCUUGGUUAAGAAAAAAACCAUCUCAUACACCUGCUGUGCAGCUCAACUAGGUGGAUUCUUAGUUUUCAUGGUGGGUGAGAUUUUCAUACUGGCUGCAGUGGCCUAUGACCGCUAUGUGGCCAUUUGCAACCCCCUUCUCUACAUGGUGGUGGUAUCUCAGCAGAUCUGCCUUCCGCUAGAAUCCCUCACAUACCUCUACAGUCUGACCUUGGCACUGACUGCCUCUUCCUCAUCGUCCUGUUGUGAUACCUACAUUCCAGAAACAGUAGUGUUUACACUUUUGGGUACUAAUCUGUUUUUCUCCAUGAUCAUUGUUCUAAUAUCCUGCUUCAACAUUGUUCUUGCCAUUUUGAGGAUACUGUCCAAAAAGGGAGAUAAAAAGCUUUUUCUACCCAUGCUUUUCACAUGA